AGUGCAGCUGCGGCAGCUCAACCUGGAGCUCCUGAGGCAACUGUGGGUCGGGCAGGAUGCUGUGCGGCGGUCCGUGGCCAAGGCAGCCUCAGAGGUAAGCACCUUGGCCAAGUCCCUGGGGUGAGAGAGGGGCUGCCUAACCCUCAGGCCAGAAUCAAGGCCUUCCAGGUCCUCUUACGCAGUGCGCCCAUUUUACUGAUGAUGAGAAAACUGAGUGAGGCCCAGCGUGGGAAGGUAUGGCAGAGGCUGAGCAAGGAUGAGGAGUUGGCCUUCAUGCCUAAUGCAGGCCAGCUGGGUGGAUGGCUGCUGACCCAGCCUCUGUUCCAGUCAAGCCUGGGCUCAAGCAGCAGCCAUGACUCAGAGAUGCCAUCAUCCCAAGAGAUGUCCUCAGUUUCCUCGAGAGCCUCCUGCCCACAAGAUGCCCGCCCUGGUGACCCUUGUGAUAGCUACUGGCCUGGCGAAGCCAGCUCUGGGAUGAACACUCUCCCACCUGCCAAAUGCCUACACCAGGAGUCCCCGGGCCCUCCGAGGCCCCAUUCAGCUCCCUUACUGGCCAUCUCAGACUCAAGUGACUCAGAGCUUUCAGCAGAGCUGGACAGUCCAGGAACCCAGGAGGCCCAGGCCCUGAGGUCCAUCUUGGCUCAACAGGGCAAGUUGUCUAAGCCAAGAGUGACCAACAAGGAGUCUCCAGUGCCUGAGAAGAGCUGGCGCCUGAGACCCUACCUGGGCUAUGACUGGAUUGCAGGGUCCCUGGACAACACCUUUCCUGUCACCAGCAAGCCUGAGGCCUUCUUCUCUAAGCUGCAGAAGUUCCGGGAAGCCAACAAGGAGGAGUGUAUUUGCAGUGACCCUGAACCCCGGUUCCUAGGCCUGCAGGAAGGUGAUGCUGUGGAGGGGAACCACGAAUGUGUGUACUGUUACCGUGUCAACCGGCGCCUGUUUCUGGUACCUGCGGACCCUGGCACCCCCUGCCGCCUGUGCAGGAAGCCACGGGACCAGCGGGGUGCAGGGACCCUGGCGGAGCCAGUGCAGGUCAGCACUGCCUGCUGGGCUGGGACAUUAUCCCUCCGAAGUCAGAGGAAAGCUCAGCCCCCAAGAGCCUGGACCUCUGGUCCAGUGUCUCCCCUGAGGCGCACCAUCAGAAGCUAUCAGCCACCGGCUCUCCUAACCUGGCUGUGCCAGUGCGGGUCCCACUCCCCACCCCGAUCUGGUCAGAGCCCUCCUGCGUGCCUCGGCCCCGCUCACCCCAGCCGAAGCCCUGAGGACUGGCCAGUUGGAGGGCUCUUUGCAACCCUCAGAAGGUUGCCUGGUAGCACUCACAUCCACAUCUGGCAGAGAAGGAAACUUGCCCAGAUGAUCCCCACCUGCCUACAGGUCCUCCCGCCCCUGUGCAGACCCUGCACACCUUGAGGAGAGCCAGGCUUGCAGUCAGCAAAACACCAUGGGGAUGAUGAAGUGUGAUUUCUGAGGCUCCAUCAUAAAAGACAACGUGGCUUCCAUCUUGCUCUGGAGGAGGCCGGCCGCCCAUGUUGGGAGGACACCCAAGCAGCUGUGUGCAGCUGAGGCCUCCUGAACGCAGCCAUGCGAGUGGCUCAUCUUGGAGACCCCAGUCAAGCCUUUCAGAUGACUACAGUCCCAGCUGCCAUUUGAUGUUAGAAAAUCACCCUGUCCAGUCUUUCCCAAAUUGCUGAUCCCCAGAAAGCGUGGGACACAAUGUUUGUUCUUUUCAGCUCCUAAGAUCUGUGGUACACAGAGAUAGAUAACUACAGAGAAAAGAAACAAUGUGCCCACAGUCACAUGGGCAGAUUAGGACUCCCAUCACCAGUGCUCUUUCUCCUGGGGAAACAGGGGCCUAGAGAGAGAGAAGAGAGGGCAGUGAAGCCUUGAAAGUUAGAGGGCUGGAGCCAAGUUUCAGCCCUGCCAAUCUCAAGCUGUGUGACCUCAGGCAAGUUACUGAACGACUGUGUUUGUUCAUCUGUGAAGUGGAGAUAGCAACAUUGACUUGAAUAAAACCUUGCUGCCAGGCUUAAAUGUCUGGCCAAGCGCCUGGGUAGCCUGCCUGUGGGUAUGUGUUGCUGGGGUUCCCCUAGCCAGCUGGGAGCCCCUACUAUUUUCUGCUAACACCGAGGCCUGAACCCCACCACUUCUUACCACCCUCUAAGGGGCCGGAGCUGAGCCACCAGUGUCUAGCUAGUUCUGGGCCUUUAGGAGGGCAGAGCUCUGGGGGCUUGAGUUCAAGCAAGGCAGCUUGACAUGAAAGUCGCUCCUCCAGAGAAGCCCCCAAGUGAAGCCCCACCUCCACCACUGCUCUCAAGAAAGGGACUCAGAGAAGUACCUGUGCCAGUCAGAGAAGAAAGGCCCAGACUUUCUACCCCUCCCUCCGCCCCAGCUUUCAGCCUUCUACCUGCCUGCUGCCGCCUGUGGCAGAAAGAAUCCCUUCAUCUGCUGAGGGUAUUUUGGGGCCAUUUGGGGCUGGGGUUCCCAGCUGUUGGGGAAGUCCCUGCAUUUCCUGAACCGAGUCGGAACCUUGUGUCUUGCUCAGCAUCCCUUUGGUGACACAGGUUCCUGGUCCCUUGCAGAAAGCUUCCUGCUGCACCUGCCUCCCACCCCCUUCCUCUGAGAUGAGAUGAGAUGGUCCUGGCAGCGCUCUGGCUUCCACAGCUUGAUCUGGUGGGGCCGCCCCCCGCACCCCCCCUACCCCCUGCUCCGCGAUCCCACAACAGGACCCGCUGCUAUGCCUCGCCUGGGCCCUCGGGACUUCCCCUCCUGCUCUUCAAAGCACUUUCACACACAUUCAUGGGUUCGCGAACCAUCUGAAACCUACAGAGGACAGGGACUCAGGUCUGGCCGAUGCCUGCUCACCAGAGUCCCCCAAGCUGCCAUUUUCCUAGGGGGCUGCAAUUUCUCCCCUGAUCCCCCGCUCCACCCCCUCCUGGGACCCAGCCUGUUACCUGGCCACAGAUUGUGCCCUUCCCUGGGCUGGCUGGUUAUUGGCUGGCAGCCCUGGGCUUGGCACUGUAUCCGGCUUCCCAAGACAUCCUGGUGCUCUGGGAGCCCCCAGUUUCCUGGGUCAGAUGGAUACUCGAAUCAGUCAUUACAGUCAUGACACAGUGAGAUCAGUUCUAGAAUUGAGAUACCAAAAAAAACGACAGAAACCGCCUUUGUGACUGGGAAGAUGGCUGGGGGAGGGGAGGGAUCAUUGCCAGGAAAGCUACAAAGAGAGGGUGGUGUCACCGGAGCAGGUUCUGAAGACAGACAUGAGUCGGAUGGAGGUGUGUCCCAAGCCUUAGGACCAAGUCAGUUGGGGCACGGCUGUGAGCACCGUUGGCUCUGGGGAACCCUGGCUUCAUGAAUUCACUGCUCUUGUUGCAGUUUCUCACCUGCAGAAUGGGCACAAACAUUGAAUCUUCAUGGAGUUUCCCUGAGGAUUCAAGGAACAGUCUGAAAACUCUUAGCAAAAAGUAGUGCUCAAAGACAGCUAUUAUUAUUACAAUAAGUAAAUGAUGCAAUUUGAGAAGCACCCCUCCCACUCUGAGGAGGAGACUUGGUUAAGGGUCCCUUUCUCUCCAAGGAGGGGAAGGACAGGAGGGAGAGACAGGUUUCCACAGCAUCACUAUAAUUAUCAUUUUUGAUGGACUUGUCUUUUUGCUUGGGCUUACAGCUUUUUUAGAUGGAUAUGUAGUAUUC